AUGGAGAACUUCCUCGCCUCCAGCCAAGACCACAGUCAUCAGACAGACUCAGAGCCUGAGUCUCCGAGUCCCGCUGCCACCACCAGCUCUUCACCACCUCCCUCCACCACUGAGGAGCCACUCUCCUCCCUCCAUCCUCCCCUGCUUCAUCCAUCUUCUGCUUCUGCAGCAGCCUCUGCUCUAUCAGAUGAGGCCUACUUGCGGGCAGCAGCCAUUUUCCAGCGGCUGCGGACAGACAAGCCGAUCACACAGCGGCUACUGCAUUAUGGGAAGAAGACAGACACGCCGCUACUGGAGAGCCGAGACAGGACCACACAGAAACAGGCUUACCAACUCGCUUUCAACACACUCAGAUACCAGGACUUACUGGAGGACAUCAUGACUGACAGCUGCUUCCAAACCUCUCAGCAAAUUCCCCCCGACUUGUUGCCGUUGGCGAUGGUGAUGCUGUUUGACCUGCAGGACAGAAAGUUUUUGAAGCAUGAACGUCCGGUGGAGGAAGGGCAGGAGCUUCUGCAGGAAGUCAGAGACCUAGAGAGCUGUCUAUACAGGAGUAAGACCAAGCUGGCAGCGUCUCUGGCUCGCUGCAGGGUGAGGCAGGGCCUGCUGAGCAUCUCCUGCCUUCUCUCUGAUUCUGUCAGGACCAAACAGCACAGAGCAAGGCUGCUGCCGCUUUAUGCAUGGGUUAAUACACUCAAGACCAGUAUUGAGGAAGUGUGUGAGGCACUGCAAGCCGAGGGUUUGUGCAAGGUGGAGACUGUUUCUGACCUGAAGGAGUCUGCCUUCUGCCGGGACCCCCUCUGUCCAGACACACUGGUCUUCUCCCAACAGCUUUACACACGACUCCAGCACAGCAAACUCACCUUUACACAUGCACUAAACAUACAGGACAGGAGUGUGUGUGUGGCAGUGAGUGCAUUGCGCCCCCUGCUGUUUGAUGACAGUGACGUCCUGGUGGCGGGCUCCUUCUCCGCUCUGACCGUGGCUCACAUCACCGUCCUGGCGGCUGCUCACUCAGGGAGAGUGCUGGUGUGUGGCGCUGACUGUACACCAUUACAGAGAGAAGAGAUAGAGGAUGUGCUCAGACAGAUGGAUAUCAAAAAUGUGCGCAUCCUGUCAGAGCAGUUUUGCGAUCUGGAUGAGUGGGACGGGACAGUUCAGCGCUUAAAGGUCAUCGUAGUGCUGCCUCAGUGUUCACUCUCUGCCCUAAAUGACCCAGUGAACACCAUCCACAGCGAACAUGGAGACUGUGAUCUGCUGCAGGACUUGUCUCAAGGCUCUGUGUCUCAAAGCAAGUUACACUCACUGGCCACCGAGCAGGCACGGCUACUAGUACACGCGCUCACCUUUCCUAAGGUUCAGUCGGUGGUCUACUGCACCCGCUCAGUGCAUCCUGAGGAAAAUGAACAGCUGGUGAAAACAGUGUUAGAGAAUGCACGCACUCACCCCAAACUACUGCCCUUCAGGGUGAGCGGUCCAGUUUUCCCUGAGGCCCCCGGGUCAGCAGACACAGCAGACAAGUUUUUCAGGAUUGAGCCCUCGCAACACACCAACGGCUGCUUCAUAGCCCGGCUGGCCAGAGAGGUGGAUCCAGCUAAGGCAGAAACCGUCCAGGAUGUGCUGGCAAGAGCAGCAGCGAAGGGUCUUCUGGGUGGGAUUAACCCAGACCAAGCAAAAACAAGUAAAAAGGGAAGAGCCAGGAAAAGCCAUGCACCUGCAACCAGCACCAAACCCUUAUCCCCUUCCGCCGUUCAGACAGAGAUAAAGCUUGCGACGGGACAAAAUGCAGGAGGUGUCUCCACCCUCCCUGUUCCUCUGUCAGUCUUAAAAGAGAAAGGGAUGGAAGACUUGAACAGUGAUGAGGAAGAAGACAAGGAAGAGGGUCAUGAAGAGGAUGAUGGGCCAAAGGGAGAAAGGAGGAGAGGGCAUAAAGGAAGAAAAAACAAGCCCAAGAGGCGACCUAAACAAACAAACAAGACUCCUGCAGUGUCCAAGCCCCGUCCAAGCCGCCGCAUGAAGAAAGCAGCCCACAGGAAACUCAAGCCGAUUCACAACACUCAUCCUCGAGGUCCAGCUAAAAGUGAGCCAGGAGGCCAAUUACCUCCUCUCACACCGACUCAAACGCCCUCUCCAAGCCCCUCACAUCACUCCACCCCAGUUAAACCCCUUGCAAACACAUUUAGCAAUGAUCCACCAACAAUGAUAUCCCAGCGAGCUCUAUCUGGGACUGGUACCCCCAUGGACAAGCAUCUCUUAUCUAACCGCCCUGCUCACCCCACUCUCCACACAGCCUCCGAAGAGAGGAAAGGGCAAAAGACAGAGUCUGGAAAAGGAGACAAAACAUUUCAAAAUCAUGUGGCUAAAACAGGAGGGAUGUAUAAGGCCACGGGGAAAGUGGUCAAACCAAAGACGGAGGUGGUGAUGCAGGCGGUGCUAAAGCCGGCAGAUUUUGUCCUGCCGCCUAUUUCCUCUCCAAGUUUGAGCUCCCUGAGCAGCCGGAGUGGAAGAUCUGCCUCUCAGCUGACCCAGACUCUGACCUCCUCCUCCUCCGUCUCUCUGUCUGGUCUAGAGAAGCCACAGGGUCACGCUCUGUAAAAGUCAACUCUGACCUCCAGCUGGCGAUGAUCACGAGGUGAACAUGCACCACUACCGACAAAAAUCGAAAUGUAUUUUCAGAGGAUUCAUUUAUGUAACUCGCAACAGUCAGA